GAGAGCGUCACUCGGUUUGCGAGGCAAGGACGAAGUUAAAGCAAACAUUUUUUGUAUUUUUUUAUUUAUUUAUUUAUUUAUUGUUAAUCCCAGUGAUUUCUGAAGGGAUUAUCGGAGUGAGCAUGAUACAGAGACCGCUGGCUUUCCUGACACUGCUGCUCGGAUUGGAAGCUGCGUAGAGGUGAACCUUUAAGGCAUUUUAUUGGGUAUUAAUUUCUUUUAGUGGGGACAGUAACCCUCGCUUUGAUUUGGAUUUCUUUUAAACAUACAUUACUGAACGAAUGAUGCAACGAUGCAAGAUUUGCACGACUGCUUGGCGCAGGUUUUACAAGAACAGACUUUAAUUUGUGCAGCUGCACCAGAGUUUAAAGGAACUUUCUCAAGGGUGGACAAAACUGGGUUCAUAUUGGAUAAAACAGCAUACUAUACACAAAAUAUCAGAAUCAAUUUGGAUCUUUCUUUGCACAACCAGUCAAUGGACAAAGAAAAAGCAGAAAUUAUGCAUCCAAAAUCCAGUUGCCCUGUACCCAAUGGGCUUCCCAUUAACUGGGGGCUCAUCACUGGUCCUGUUCCCGAGCCUGUUUUCUCUGCAUACUCCUUAAACACCUCGCCUCCUCCGAGUUCGGCUGUGCGCUCCCUGCAAACCAAAGUGAAGCCCCUGACUCAGAGGAGAACAAGAGGGAGAGAAAGGGACAAGGACAGAGAGAAGGUGGAGGCACAGGCGCAGGUGAGCGGUCCCUCUGGGCAGACUGCGUCGGGCCUCUUUCUCAGGCAGAGACCCAGAGGGAAAGGGCAGCUUUCUGUGCCUUCAAAUUCCUGGCGUUCGGGUUCAGCCAAAGACCUGAGCAGCAGCGAUGACGAGGAGGAGGUGGAGGUACAGGUCAGGCUGGAGAUCCACAGUCCUCCGGUUGAAGUCCAAAGUGAGCAUGGAGGAGAGGAAAACGAGGAGAGGAAGACAGAGAAAAAUGAAGCCCAACGCAGUCCUCCGAUGGAGAAGCCUUGUGGGCUCAGGGAGGGCACCAGUUUGGAGAGUCUGCUCCUGGACAACUCUAGCAGCAGCAAGGAUGAUCCAUCGCCUCAUACUCCACCACCUGAGGUCUCCUCCUCUCCUGUCCCCACUUCCAUCACGUCUUCUUCCUCUGUAAGACCUCCAAAAGGCUUCUGGAGAGUGGCCCGCCCAGAGACAUUGCUUCUCAAUGGGGUUGGCCCCCACAACAUACCCCCAACCUUACCUGUGAAGGACUACACUCAGCUAGAGGUGCAGGCAGAACCUGAAAGAAAGUCCAAACCCUCUGAACCUGGAAACAGGAACAAGUUGGAAAGUGCAGCCGGUGACACCGAUGCGUCCUCACAGAUCAACCACUCGGACAGCGCUGAGUUCUACCUGGACAGGUGCGAGCAGAGGGAGGAAGACGUGGUGGACUCGGCCAAAGGUGUGUGCAGUUCGGAGAGCUGGGAGAGCAUGUCUCCACAAAGCGGGGUGCUCUGUGCCGACCUGAAGCUCAGGGUGAAGGAGAGGGCUUACGCAAAGUUAAGGGAAAGGCAGCAAAACUGCACGAAGAAGCAAGAUCAGCCUGGAGGAGAAAGUGUGGACUUAUAUGAAGAUAUAACCUACAGAGUGGAUUACAAAGUUUCAGGUGAUCAUGGUGUUUUGGACAGCUCCGACACUAAGCUUCUUGCCCAGGAACUUGAGCCCUAUUUGAGGUCACUUUUAGUAAUCAGUGAUGAUCUACCUCUAAGCCCAAGACACGAGCAGGCCAAGCUCCUCCUGGAGCGAGCCAGGCUCAAGGCCCGCUCCAAUCAUUAUAAGGGCGACCGCCCCCGACGCUCCCACUCUGAUCAGAGAUCCACAGUGAAGAAGCAAGAAAUUGAGCCUCCUACAGCAGUGCAGAAAGCAGAUGAAGCCAAAGAAGAUCCUCCGGCUCAAACAGUAUCCGGUCCUCUUCUUGUACCCGCCCAAAGGGACACCUCUCCCACUGACCAAACAGGUCGACCCAGGAGAUACGGCUGUUCGCCCACCCGCGUGCGCUUUGAGGACGAAUCAGAGAAAGAUGCAGAGUCUCGCUAUUUGGACAGAGUGAGACAGCGUGGAAGACCGGGGACGCCGAAGUCCAAGGCAAAAGAAAGUAAUACAGAUUCCAGCAGCAGCGGCUCAGAGAGAAGCAGAGGUCACAGGGAUUUCGCUACGCCACCGCCCCAAAAGCAAGAAGAGCUUGUAAAAAGCGCUGAAGCAACAACAGUCGUUAAAGAAAUAAUAGUGCUGGUGAAGAAAUGUGAAGCCUGCGGCUCUGUAGUGAGGGAACCUCAACCAGUAUCAUCCCCGUCAGAUCCACAGAACAACGAACCCCAGCAGUCUGCUAACCCCGAGGACACGCGGGGGAAAACGUCUCCUUGCAGGGCACCUUCAAACAAACCCGAGCCGAGCACUCGUCCUAAAGCACCACUCACUGUUACGUUUGCUGGAGCCUAUGUGYUGGGGGAGGACAAAGAAAGCAGCUCUGGUUGGAAGCCGUCUGCUUUUGGGAAGCUCAGGAGGAGGAGCAGGAAAGGUGAAAGCCGGUUAGAGUCGGGCCAUGGCCCUUACGGCCCCUCAUGGGCUCAGCGACGCAACUCAAAUCCACGAAACAGGGUUAACCUGAGCAGAUCUGUUUCAUUUGCCCCCGGUAGCCCCAUUGCCUUGGAGCCACAGCUACUGGAGGCAUCUGGCGGACUGAGAGAAUCAUCUACUCCACCUCUGCCCAUAAAAUCAGCUUUAAAGUCGAGCUCAAGGAACCGUUCUGCUACCGGUCAGUCCACAGUUCAAUUCAUGCCUUCAAACCAGGGAGGAGAAGGCGUAUCCCAAUCACUUCAGGACUCCUCAGAGCCAAGACGGGAGUCUCCGGUGUCUAUAAGCCAAGGGGCAGCAACAAGCAGCCCAGUACCUUGUAUCAGGCCGUCCUCUCUGAGAUACUCCCCAGUCAGGGCCACCGCAGAUCUGCCAUCUGCUGAGCUGUGGGAUGCCACUCCAGAUGGAGCAGGUCUAAGUGGAGAGACCGGUCCAGGAUCAGAGUAUCGGGGUCUUCGUGGCCUGGCCAUGUCUAGGUCUGAGGACCUCAGAGCUGAACUGCUUAGAGCUGAACAUUUGAAAGCAGAGGCUUUGUGGGAAGUAAACCCUGAUGGUUCCAGAAAACUGGACGGCAGGCCGAAGCUCUUUCUGCGUCGCUUUUUUUCCUCUAUCGGGCUGAACAGCGUUGGCAGGCUUGUGAAAGGUGGGCGCUCCAGCAGCAUGGAGCAGCUCAGUCUGCCCGCCGUCCCGCGGGCGAGCUCAGCCUCACCCAGCCCCACGAGGAGACCACAGCCCACCAUCCGCAUACAGAGGACACCCUCACUGCAGACCCUCCAUACUGUGCUGCCACUGGCCCAGCUGCGUAAGGCCUCCUCUGUGCAGAGUUUAGAGAGAAGAACAGAGCGUUCAACCAUACUUGGAGAGGUGCAGAUACCUUACGGCCUGGCACCCAGUCCAGAUAGCCCCCAGUUUGAGCUUCACAGGACUCUAAGUGUGGAAGAUGUAGUCGUCUCCAGAAUGGUGCGUCCAGUGGGCCGGGUCAUCCAGACUUUCCCAGAUGGAACCGUUCUCCUGGAGCUCAUCAAACCUCCAAACGGUCCUUUUGGGUUUGUGAUUUCCAGGGGCAAAGGUCGACCGGACACAGGUGUGUAUGUUGAGAAAGUUGGUGAUGGCAGUGUGGAGGGCCUCCUUGGCAUUGGGGAUGAAAUUCUGCAGGUGAACGGGGAGCCUGUGGCUGGACUGAGUUUGGACCAGGUGACACGGCUCAUGAUCAGGGACAGCAUGGCCACCUUGCGGAUCCUGCCAGCGCGACGCAGUCAGCGCUGAAUGACAGGACUGGCACGGAGCACGGCCACGUCUUCUGGAAACACAGACAGUAACMAAACAAUGCACAGACGGCGCAGAAUAACCAAAAAAAUUGCAACUUGAUGUGUUUUAAAUAAAACCUGGAGAGAUUUACAGAACUAUAAAGGUGCAGCUUUAUUAGAGAAAACAAUCUCAAUGCAGAGAAUAAAUAUUUAUUCUGAUAUAAUGAAUAUUUAAGCUGGUACUUGAAGAUUGGAUAAACACAGGACUCUGCUUUCUCCUUUUUAUUUGCUCUCUACAUUAUAGCCAUGCUUUCUGAGGGUGAACAACUUUUUCUUAGAUAAGUGAUGAUCAUAGAUGUCACAUAUUAGCUUAGCCUAAAAACUCUAAACUAAUAAGCUAUUUGUACAAAAAAAUAGUUAAUUCCUUUUACCUUUUCCUUUUUUGUAUAUGGAGCUGCUCGAGCUCAAUUUAUGCAUUUUGAAUAAGCUCAAUGUUUGUGCAUUGCUUCUAUAAAAAAAACACUGUUUUGGCCAAUUUUAUGCUUGAAUGUAUAUUGUAUAUUGAUAAAAUAGAAAAAUAAAAUCUAAAUAUUUAUGUUGCAUUUUUCAGAUUUCUCUUCUGACUUCAAGAGCCUAUAGGAUAGCCUGUGUUUUUCAAUUGUUGUGACAAAAAGCAGUAAGUGAGACAAACUCAGCCUGCAUGUUUUGUAUGUUGAUUAUUGGGCAAAUGAUAUGGGUUAGAAUUUAUAAUCAACACUAUAAUUUGAUGUCAAGACAAAAGACAGAGUAAUAAAUAAUAUUCA